AUGCCGCUCCUUCAAAUUGUGGUACUACAAACCCAUCUCAAAAAAGGCACUCUGUCGAUGGUCAGUCAUCACAACAUGCACGCCCUCAUCCAUCUUCUCAACCGCCACAUCGAACUCGGGCUGGAAAAUGGCCGUGGAGCGAGCUGCUGCGCUAGCUUGAAAUUGCCUGACCCACGCUUGUCACGCAGUGAGCAGCUUUCGCGGGCGAUUUCGUCACACUUGCCUCUACCUCCAUUUGCAAGCGGCGAUCGACAACCACGUCCUGUUUCGGGGGAAUGGCGGAAACGAUCUUCGGGCAGUACAACCAGUGUGGACGGAAUCCAUUCUACGCCGCAGCGGAGGGCAAGCGGUGGAUCAGUAAAUGCAUCUGCGAAUCGUUCACUUACUGCCUCACUAUCCGAAGAGCGGCCUCCACAUUCACAUGGCCCAUUUUCCGGGCACCCUAACGUGCCGACGCAUGCUACUGUUUCAAGAAGUUCUAGUAGUAGUGGUGCAAGUGGCGGGUUGGACAGCGACGCACAAUUAUCACCGGAUGCAGCUCCUCUUCCUCCACCACCACCGUCAGCUUUGGAUCUGCUUUGUGAGCCAGAUGAUGUUCCAAUUCUAGCUGAUGGCUGGAGCGGGGUGUGUUUUUUCCCAGAGUUUGCGUCUUAUUUCCAACAGGUUCGCUCUUCUUUAAUGAAGUGAUU